AAAAGCCGUGGGCAGGUGGGGUCACCACUUGGGGGUCAAGGGAACGCCCAGCCCGGCACCGGGGGCCUUUCCUGAGGCCCAGCCCGGGGCGGUCCAGCCCGGGGCGGGCGGCCCCGAGCCCAGGGGCGCAGCAGAGGGCUGCCCACAGCACUGGCCACAGCCACUUCCCAGGGCCUCUAGGAACAUUCUGGAUCCAGCCGCUCCCCAGGCUGCUUCUCCGCGAGCCCCUGCCCCUCUCAAGCAGCUGGGGCCCUGCAGCACUGGCCACUUUAAGAGGAACGGGCCUGGCUUGGGCAGGGAGGCCGGGCGGCCCGGCAGGGAGUGGGGCCAAGCCUGGCCUGGAGGACGCUGCCGGGCUGGGGUGCCGCAGAGGCCAUCUAUUUGCGGCGGGCUCCGAGCUGGCAGGCACAUGUGACCUGGCGCCGGUAUUUUGGGCAGCGGGGGUGGGGCUGCGCGCAGCCUGCCGGAGGCCCUGGGACAGGCUGCCCGGACGCCCGGCUCCGCUGUCCAGCCGCCUCAGGGCUCCAGGUACGCCCACCCCAGCCCAAGGGGCCCUGGGGCCAGUGACCCCAACGGGACGCCCGGACUAGGAGGAGGUGGCUCUCGGAGGGCCUGGAGGCCCCAGCCCUGGUCAGCGUGGCCCCCAGCCCGGCCAGGGUGCUGACCUGAACGCCGCAGGCCACCUCCACAGCCAAGGGGCCAGAGGGGGGCUUGGGGCAGCCGGCGGGCCUGGGUGGGGGCACAGACCCCGAGUGUGGCCCGAGGGGCCAGCAGGAGCCCCGCUUCACCUGACACGCCCCAGCCACUGCCGGUCCAGCCCCCUCCCGCCCGCCGGCCAAAGGGCCCGGCUGCCGGCCACCCGCGUGCCUGGGCCCCCAGCCGGGCGCUCCUGGGCUGGGCCGGCCUCCAGGCCCCGGGGUUCCGCCUGGCAGCAAGCGGGCCCCAGCGCUGCUGUCCUUCAGGAUGGCCCUGAAGUGCGGAGGCCCCUGCCGGGGGGCUGGGGGCCGGCCUGGGGGGCAGCCGGGCAGGCGGCCGUGCGCACUGGCCUAGGCCGAGGCCUCCAAAGACCUUGCUUGGCCUCAAGUGCGGCCCCCUGGUGCCCCGGCCAGCGGAAAUGGAAAACUUCCAGUACAGCAUCCAGCUGAGUGACCAAGACUGGGCAGAGUUCUCGGCCGCAGCUGAAGAAUGCGACCUUCUGCAGGCCAGUCUGGCCUCCGGGGACGAGCCCUCGUCCAGUGACAUUGAGCAAGGGGACAGCAGUGGGAGCAGCCCUCCCGGGCCCCCGCCCCCCCGCAAGGGGCAGCUGGCUCCCUGGGGGCGGGGCUGGCCCGGCCUCUUGGCGGAGGACAGGGUGGCCCCCAGGCAGCCAGUCAGCAGGUCCUGGCCCGAGCCCGCCCCGGCCCCGGGGGCCGGUCAGCAGACGUCCAGCACGUCCCCACAGUCAGCAGCCAGGCUGCGCCCCGGCUCCGGCCAGAGCCCGUGCCUCCCAGGGUCGGCGGCGCCCGCAGACCGGAUGCAGAGGCUUCUGCAGGGGCCAGCUCCCCAGGGCGCGGCCCCUGGGCCCCCUGGACAGGCCCCUCAGAGCCCCUCGGCUGCCGGCCGCAACACUGCCCCACAGAAGCCCCCCAGCAGCCCUGGAACCCCGACCCGCAGCCCCAGUCGAAAGAAGAGGCGCACUGCGGGCAGCAGAGGGGGCGGCCGCCCCAGCGCCCCUUGUACCGCGGCUACCCAGCCUCGGCUGAACGCGCAGCUGCCGCCGCUGGGUCCGCCUGCCGCCGCCCCGAGGGGUGGCCUGCCUCGGGCUCAGCCCGGCUUCCUUCCCGGGGCCCUGCCCGGCGGGGGUGAGUGUGCAGCGGCCCCGGAGGCCCCCGCACCUGAGUCUCCAGGGGUUCUCCAGGAGAGGGAGACCUCAGCCCCUGGACAUCCCUCGGGGGGGCCCCCUGGAGGCCCUGUCCGAGCCCCCAAGAAGAAGAAAGUACGGUUCUCCGUGGCCGAGCCGGGCCCUGAGGGGCCGUGUGCAGCGGAGGCCCCGAGGAGCCUCGGGGGGCCGGGAGCCUGGGAUGCGGUGGCGGUCGGCCCGCGGCCCCCCCAGCCCCGGAUCCUGAAGCACCUGCCCCCCGCAGCCCCCUCUGCCUCCGCGCUGGGAGGACCUGGGUCCAGGGGCUGCUUUGCGCUGACCCUCCCCGAGGCCUACGAGUUCUUUUUCUGCGAUACGAUCGAAGAGGAGGACGAAGGUGCAGAGGAGGCCGGCCAGGCCGGCGCCCAGUGGCCUGACGUGUGCGAGUACCUCUUCCGGGACGGCCGCGCACGGGCCCCGGGGCGUGGGGCCCACCCUGAGCUGGCGCCCCCGGCCGGAGACCCCGUGCCCAUCACCACCCCCGAGGCCUAUGAAUACUUCCUGGAGGGGGACGGGCUGGAGGGCCGCCCCGGCCUGUCCGCACUCCCCGGGCGGCGAGCCGUGGGGUCCCCCGGGCCUGGCCCCUUGCCGGAGCCUGGCGCGGCCUCCGCCGAGCAGCUGGACCUGGCGGUCAGGCGAGCAGGUGCGUGUCGUGUGGUGCUCGUGCCUGCCCAGGCCCCGGGAACACACUGUCCGGGGAGCAGGGCCAGGACGGUUGGCACCAUCUCCGCCAUCCGCCACUUCCGCCGGCAGGUGGGGCGGGGACGCCGCAGCCCCAGCCCCUAGCCCAUGGCUGGGGCGCUGUGGACACAGGCGCAGACGGCCACCCUUGCGGCCCAGGGCUGGCCCUUUGACCCUGUGUGCUCCAGUGUCCAGGAGGGGCCGGGGCAGUGGCACCUUGGACGUCACCUGAGAUCCAGCUGGUGGCCAAGGCCGCGGCUGCACCCUUGCUGAGUCUGGGGGGCAGGAAUGGUGGGGAGCUGGUUUGGGGGGUGUCCGGGAAGCACCAGGAGCGGGCCAGGACGCCUGGGCCAGGCGUGCACGAGGCCACUGCCUCAGGGGUCCCCGGGGGGCUGCCAGACGCUGGGCUGGUGUCCUGCGUCUGCUCAGGGCGGGGGCAGGACGGGGCCCUGGGCAUCAGGGCGCUGGUGGCCUGUCUGAAGUGGGUCUGGGCUGGGGGGCAGGACUUUGCCCCAGUUGCAGAUGGACUGGGCAGGGUGGACAGCGGGGGGCCAGGCCGGGCCGUGGGCGGGGCCUGGGGUCUUCUGGGAGCCUGAUGAGAGGCAGAGCAGGUGUUGUCAGAUGGGAGCCGGAUGUGGCAGCGGCGGCUGGGCGUCAGGAGCCCGGGGACAGAGUGGACGCCCGCACCAGUAAAGCUCCUUCUCCGUC